AUGAUUAAUGCGUUUUUGGUCUUUAACGGCCAGGGACAGCCUCGGCUGACCAAAUUCUACACACAGCUGGACACGAGCAUCCAGCAGCGCCUCAUUUCCGAAAUCUUCACCCUCGUGUCGAACCGACCCGCGAGCUCCUGCAACUUCCUGCCCCUCCCGCCGCUGCUCGCCGCGUCAGGCACGGCCCAACACGGCGGCGCCGAGCAAAACGACGUGCCGUCCCUCGUCACCUACCGCAACUACGCAACGCUCUACUUCAUCGUCAUCUCGACGUCGACCGAGUCGCCACUGGCGCUUAUCGACCUGAUUCAGGUGUACGUCGAGGCGCUCGACAAGCUGUUUGAGAAUGUGUGCGAGCUCGACCUCAUCUUCAACUUUGAGACGCUGCACGCGGCGCUGUCGGAGAUGAUUAUCGGUGGCGUCGUCAUCGAGACGAGCCUGGACCGCAUCGUCGCGGGCGUCCGCGCGCAGGGCACCGUGGCCAAGAGGCCGGUGAAUGAGGGACGCGGCACGGGGAUCGGUUCGGGACUGAGUAUUGGCAUGGGCGGCAACUUUGGAUGGGCUGGCCGGUAA